AUGUUCGGAGCUGGAUCACGGCUAGGUGUGCGACUAGCGCCAGCCGCGCGCGCGUUUCGCCAACAUCCUCGUCUCACAGGGACGACACCUUUCUUUGCGCCGGCACCUGUGCCGCGCGCCGACCUCGGCCAAGCGACUCGGCCAAUACACUCGUCGUCGUCCUUCCUCGCGAGAUUGGGCAAGAUCACACCGCGGCGCGUGGCGGUUAUCAAUGGCGAGAUCGUAGAUGGGCUUCCGAGGCCCAGUAUUUGGAGGCCCAUAGUGUUCGCUGUCGGUCUCACGCUCGUUGGUUUCGGACUGGGCGCCGUCUACGUGAACCGCGACACUAAUGUCUGGUUGAACCGCAUGGGCAGCGGAAGUGCAUGGCGGUUCGGGCGCGACCCGUCGGACCGAGACUUGGUGAAUGCCGCGCGGAUGCACCGCGUCAAACGCGCCCAAGAGACGCUCAACACUCUUCCAAAAGUCCUGAACUGGCUGCCGGACGUUCUCCUCGUCCCCGUUCUUCGAACAUAUGUCAUUUGGGAAGAAUGGAAGAUCAAUGCGCCGGCAGCCCACGUUGCGCCAGCCAUCCUCAUUGCUGGAAUGGGCGUCAUCUUCCUCGCAUGGCAAGUACCUUCGGCCCAACCAUUUAUGAAGCGCUGGUUCCUACACCACUCGGUCGUACUUGGUGGUCCGAGGGCCGAGUGGCGGAAUUGCGUGACAAUGUUUACCAGCACGCUCUCCCACCAGUCGCUGGCACACUUUGCUUUCAACUCGAUUGCCCUGUACUCGUUUGGAUCGGCCGCGUACAUGUUCCUGGCCUCCCAACCUCCCGAAUACCCACACGAAAGUACAAUCACCCACACGCCGCACUUUUAUGCCUUCCUCCUCGCGGCCGGCAUGUGUUCUUCGCUUGGCUCACACUUGUUCAAUAAUGUGGUUCGCCUGCCUCGUCUUUUACGCACCCUCGCCUCGCCAGCCCGCCUGAGUAGCGCACACGCUCUCGCCGCACACCAGGCCAUCCUCCCGUCUCUGGGCGCGUCGGGCGCAAUCUACGGCGCGUUGACUAUGACGGCACUCGCGUACCCCGACUCGCAUGUGUCCAUCAUCUUCCUCCCCUUCAUCAGCAUUCCCAUCGGCCUCGGUGUCGCUGGUAUGGUCGCUGUGGACAUUAUCGGUAUCUGGCGCGGGUGGGCCAUGUUCGACCACGUCGCGCAUUUCUGCGGCGCCAUCUUCGGAGUCGUCUACUACAAAUGGGGCCGGAAGUGGUGGUGGAAUGUCCGCAAGCGCCUCGGCGCACACAUCCGCCAAUAG